UUCAGACCUGAUCAACGAACGACCUUUGCGGGGUGAAUAAGCAUUCUGAUCUGCGAGUUGCGCCAGGCGCAUCGUUUCCAUAGUAACGUCUACAGUUCAUUCACAACAAAAUAUUCAUAUGCACGAUAGACAAUCCUGAAAAAUCGUAGCUUAUUGUGUACACCUCAAUGUUUGAUGUUAAGGAUGUGGAUCACGAUAUGUGUUGUGAAAGUUUCCUGUUUGGCAGUUUUCAAAAGAAAUAGUGAGCGACCGGGAGUGCAUUGAGGAACCUUGAACACUGGUGAAGAAUCGUGCUGGAAUGGGAUGUGGUGGUACAAAACCAGCAGCUUGCCCACAGAAGGACGAUGGAAGUGCUCCACAGGCUCGACCCAGAGUCCAAGAAGUUGGAAGUAUGGAUGUUGGAAUGGUCAUCCCCGAAAAGGGAGCUUCUCAGAUAAAGCCGGUAGAAAUCACAGUAGAGACGCUUCAGAAAUACUUAGACCUGGAGAAGGAGAUACACAUAUUUGAAAAAAGACAUAUUUUGGACAAUUAUCAGCUGAAAGCUGAGCAACUUGAGCAGUUGGAGAAACAAUUACAAACUCUGGAAGAAAACGGAAAUCUGCAAGCUCAAAAUUUACAUCAGCUACAAGCCGUUAUUGACAAGACAAAUGGUACUCAGUCACUAAAACAAUUUUUGUUUGAAAAAAGCCAAAAGGGUGAAAUAUUAAACGAAGAUGAAGAGGAGUAUGUUGACUUGUUAAACCGGCAGGAGGUGAUUGAAAGACAGAUUGAAAGCACUGCUAAACAGAGAGAUUUAUUGAAAGAAGAGCUUUCAGCACUGACAAUAGAUGGUGAAUUGCUACAGAAAUUAUAUGCUCAAAGAGACGAAUUGCUAGACAACAUCUUCGGCGGUGCAUAUGGGAGUGAGAGAGAAAACAGACUUGAAAAAGAAUAUGACUUGCUCUUAGAAAGAAAGAAUCACAUAGAUCAAGCUCAUUUUAAAUGGAAGCAAGCUCAAAUAAUGGUGAAGCAAUCUUGCGCGCAACUUGGACUUGCCGUACAGAAAUGGAAAGAAUUACCAGACAUACCAGAACAUGACAUGGAGCAAAGGUACUAUCUAGCUGCUGAAACGAGAAAUAAUUUAAUAGCCGCCAUUCAGAACCUUCAAGGAGCUCAUGGGUUUCUACCGAACAUUACAUUUCCGUACUGCGCCGAAGAUGAAGUUGAUACUUUGAAUAAGGCUGUAACUUUCAUUUUCACAGAUAUGCAGACACCUCAGCGUUAUGAUCAUGCUCUCAACUGUUACCACACUACAUAUCGUCGCUCAGGGGCCCUGAGGCAAUGGUUCGAUCAGGUUCUAAAUACAACCAUAUCUAAGGACCUCGCAUCAGUUACCGAAGAGAGUAAAGCAAAGGCACAAGAACUAAGACAGGAAAGAAUCCAUCUCAUCAAGAUGAAAGUGAAAGAAAUCACUGGAAAAGAUGUUGAUUUCGAUGCAAGGUCUUUUGACUCUGAAGCCGAAGACCUAGCAGCCGAUGAACAAGUAGCUAAGCUUUUUGAAGCAGAAAGACUGGAAGGAAAGAACCAAAAUUUUUUGACCGCAAGCUCAACUUUGCCUCCAGCGCCUACACCUGUACCUGUGUCAGAUCUCGCACCAAUACCUAGCAACGAAGAAAUAUUUGGAAAGAUCGAUGAACUGAGGAGAAAGCAUGCUGUUGAAAUGGCUGAUUUUGAAAAGGCACAGACAAUCAACAAAGCCCGUACAACGCAAGGUUUACAGGAGAAGUUACAAGCAAGAAGAAGUCGCAGAAGUCGGAUGCAAAACCACGAAAAAGAAAUUGAAGCAUUACAAUCUGCGUGAUACUUUAAAUGUCUGAAAAAAUGUGCGCUUUCAUAGAACUGUUCCUCUGAUUUUAAAUAUAGAAAACUUAAUUAUAUUUUAAAGCUAAUUUAUUCCACAACAUUAUUUUAAAACACAAACUUAAGAUAUAUACAAAUUACCUAAAUUAAUAUAUCUCUAAAGUUAAAUAAAUAUUAGUUACUAUGUUUGCAUUUAAUAUUUACACAAUUUAAAUUUGAAACGUGCUUUUGCUUACACAAAUUUUAUUAAAUUUACUAUUAUAUUUACUCUCAUCUGCAUUUACACAAUAACUUACGCAAGUAAAAAGGUUUUGUGAAAACCAAAACUUUUAUUUGCUUUGACAGAUUUUUUUUCUUUAUUUCUUUGGUCAGUACCUGAAAAUAUACUGAGGAGAUUUAUUUAGCAUUUUUCAUCACUGAAGUUCCUGUGCUCUGAAAACAUCUAAUAUUUUAUAAAUGUUGCGAUUAAUGUAUUAAAUUAUAUGUGGUUCCCUACAAUGAAUGAUUGUGAUAUUCUAAUUUCAUGGAUAGAAAAUUUCUACAAAUUUAGAUUAUAUAGGAAACGUUAUUCAGUUGUGUUAUUUAAAAGUGAGAAGAUGUAUUCCUACAAUUAGCAAUACAAACAUUUAUGGUCCUGGAAAGAUGAAUUUAACACAAUAAAAAAAUGGAAAUUGUUUUUA